AUGAUGAAAAUGAAGAAUUAUCUUGGUUCUAGAUUGAAAUCUUCCUCUGCAAGAAAAGGAAAUUUCGAUAAGGAAGGUAGUCGAAGUAGCUUGACGUCGAAGCUAAGUGUUAACGAAGAGUACAAGGAAGCUUUCAGAACAAAGUCAUACUUAGACAUUCGAACAAAAGCUGAAGACCAAUUAGGGAUCACAUUCUGUAGCAAACUCUCGUCAUCAUCACCUUCUUCGACUUCUUCUCCUUCGUCUUCAGAUUUUAGCUUCCAUUCACACUUCACCGAUUACUUGCUCGACCCGUCACAAGAAACCCUCGAUGCUCUCAUGCAUGACUCGAGUUUCCACCAUCUUCUAGUUAAGUUCUUCGACUUUAGCUCCGAAGCUUGUGACGUCUGUGAGUCUCUCCUUCAGUCCAUCCAACAAAUCAAGAUCAACCACAACAAAAUCGAGAGGGUUCUCACGAUUGGUAAGAGAGUUUGUAACGGUGCUAAAACCGCGGAGUGUUCGCCUGAAAAGCUCUGUGCUUUGGUAUUUCAAGAGCUUUCGAGAUUCUCCACGCUGAGAAACCCUUUGUAUCGUGUCAUCAACGAAGCUCAGUUCCUAAGAGUUCACGACGCAAACUCAGAGUUGCUCGCCAGGUUGAUAUCGAAAAGGAGAAGCAUCAGAAGAAAAAUCAGGUUCUUUAGAUUCUGCAAGAAGCUAGGAGGUUAUAGUCUAGUGAUUUCUCACAGCGCCAUUGUCGUUGCACUACUGAUCAUAGCUCUACACAGCAUACUCGGCGUUUUAGCAGCUCCUGCUUUGCUCGGUUUAUGUUCUUUGGGUCUCUUAAGGAAGAAGAAAGCAAAAAGAGACGUAGCGACUGAGAGAAGCAAGAAAGAUACAACGCUAGAGAAGCUCGGAACACAAAUGGACAUUGCAGCUAAAGGAAUGUUCAUAUUGAUAAACGAUAUGGAUACGUUGAGCAGACUUGCAGGGAGACUAUGCGAUGAGAUAGAGCAUAGGAAGACGGUAGCUGCGAUGUGCGCAAAGAGUAGGAAGAUUGAAGUGUUGAAGGAAGCAUUGAGAGAGUUUAAUGGACAUGAAGAAAGAUUCUCAGAGCAGUUGCAAGAGCUUGAGGAACAUCUCUACCUCUGCUUCCACACUAUUAAUAGAUCAAGAAGACUAGCGUUUGCGCAAAUCACAAGACCAAGUUCUUGA